AUGUCCAGAUUCCAUUCUUCAAGCCGUGGCGACACUCCACCUUCGUCCGCUCCGUCGAUGUCGAUGCCAUCCAAGUCCAUCCUAAAGGUCCCGAUGGCCACCGCCCAGAAACGUAAAAAGAUAGACAUGGAUCUCUCCUCCGAUGUCUCCACCGGUUCUGAUUCUCCGGGUGCAGCAGUGCCGAAUAAGAAACGUGCGAGAGUCACCUUCGAGAUGGAUACCCCCGGAAAGGGCCCAGGACAGCAGGCUGUGAUAAGUGGUGAUGUAGGCGCUCCAGCUUAUGAGAAAAGCACGGCUUUGGUGCGAGAGGAAGUCAGCCGUGCUAUUCAGCGCCAUCUAGUUGGUGAUAGUGAUGCGUAUGAUCGUGUUAAGGAGAUAUUCUCUGUAGAUCCAAAGGCAUUAGAGGUCGACGGAUCCCCGGUUUACGACUUACCUACACAUACUUCGCUGAAGAAUCAUCUUCUGGGCUUGUUGUCGAAUGUGUCGGCGCUUGACAGCGCCUGCAGUGGUCUUGUUCAUGCAGUCCUUGAUAGCGAGUGGCUUGGAAGAGAUGAAGCCUAUGUGAAGCUCUUCGUGAGGUUCCUAGGCACAUUGGCUGCCGCUCGUGGCGGUUAUUUGACUGCGGUGUUGAGGAUGUUGGUGAAUAAUCUACGUGAGGUCCCUUUUGGCACUGGCAGGCUUCCCGGUUACGCCGUCGUUCGAAAUGCCGAAAUAUAUGACCGAGUUCAUUUCGGCAUCCAACACAUCAUCCAAUUAAUUCCUGCCGGAAGUGUUACACUAUCUCCUAUCCUCUCUUCAGGCUUCCCGCACGAUACGGAUACAGCAAAGGCGCAUAUUGUAUUCACUCGCAAUUUGAUUAAAAUGAUAGAUUACGCACCCGAGUUGCGAUCUGAUAUUCUUGCUCUAAUAACUGAGAAGCUAGUAAAGAUUGAUGUGCAAAUUCAAGUUGAUUUAGACGAUUUUGAGGACGAGGAUGAGGAAAAACUCCACAACGAGAUUACAGCUGAGGCAUUCGUCUUGGAGGAUGAUAACUCGGAUGUCGAAAGUACCAUCAGCGACGAAGAAAGCACGAGUGCUGAGACGCAGCGUUUCAAAGCACUUAAGGAAAACAUCAACAAGAUUGAUUAUAUGCUUGAUUUGCUAUUUGAAUAUUAUUCCGGUCCGUUCAAUUACGGCACUUUGGACGACAAAGAAAACAAUCUAGACCUCCUCCUGGCUCACUUCCAGAACAUCAUCCUUCCUACUUACCGCUCUCGUCACUCUCAGUUCCUCCUCUUCCAUUACUCGCAAUCGUCUCCGAUUCUGGUCGAUCGAUUUGCCGCUGCUUGCAUUCAGAUUAUUCUCAGCAAGUCACAUCCCUCUGUUCUUCGUCAGUAUGCCGCUGCCUAUCUGGCAAGUUUCGUGGCUCGAGGCGCCCACGUAACAAGCGAAGUUGUGCGCGACGUAUUUGAUCUUUUAUGCACUCAUCUAAAAAACCUAAUUACCGAAUACGAAUCUAACUGUCGCGGGCCGGAUCUCCGUCGUUAUGCUACCUUUUACGCGACCGCCCAAGCAAUCCUCUACAUCUUCUGCUUCCGCUGGAGAGAUCUUACAACCGCUGCCCAGGAAGGAGACAUCGACAUCCAUGUUGAGCUUGACUUGGACCAAGUCCGUUUCCCACCAAAUAUCAGUGACGUCCUCCAUACUGCAAUCCAUUCCAAACUUAACCCGCUGAAAAUCUGCUCCCCGUCUAUUGUGCGCGAGUUUGCUCGCAUUGCGCAUCACGUUGGAUUCAUGUACGUCUUCCCGCUUUUAGAAACCAACAAACGUAUCCGCAUCUUCACGUUUCGCUCCUCCAUGUCCAUGGAUUCCCGCUUCGGGCAGAUCGAGCGCGAGACACGCGCAGAUAACGAUCUGGGCCCGCAGUUGGAUGCAUAUUUCCCAUUUGAUCCAUAUAAUUUGCCUCGCAGUCGUCGAUGGUUGGAAGGUGAUUAUGUCGAGUGGCGCGGCGUGCCGGGUUUAAGGGACGAUGAUGAUGACGACGAUACUGAUGGUCGAUAUGAUGAAGAGGACGAGCUUGAUCAUUGCACAGAGACCGAUGAGGAUGCUCAUUGACCGAGAAAUACGAAGCAAAGGUCCAUUUUUUUAAUCAUCUGAUGAGGUUGGGUUUCCACUUUUGUUUUGCUGGGUUGAGUUUGGCGUCGGUUCAUGGCAAAUUAUUUGGCGCAUGGGGGGAUGAACAUGAAGAUUGGUUUGAUGUCUUCGCAAAAGCCAGCCUGCGGUCACCGAAAAAAUUCAACGGCGUUGACUCACAGACGAAUCAACGAAUGUGAAAUACUAUGGCGAGCGGGAGUAUUAUAUUCGAGUCGCCCAUAUGCCCUUUUCUUUUAUCCAUUUACGGAGUACACGUCCCGCAAAUUCCCCCAGAUGCAUACGACUCGCGGUUUUGAACGAGUGCUUUUCUUCGUAACGUCUUGUGGGAUGGCCUUGAUUUUGAUAGGUUGAAAAAGAGCGUAUUGGUUUUGUAUUGAAUCGAUGCGUUUUAUGAAGUCCCGAGUUUCCCGAUGCGGUAUCCAGCCACCCAGGCUGUUGGAAUCUACUUGUAUGUACGGAGUACUCCACACCUCUAUGAUACGUGGUGUGUACAUUGUAUAUACUCCGUAGAUUCAG